AUGACAAUAACUGAUCAAAAUCUGCAACCGAAUUUAAUAUCGUUCGAAGAGCCGAAUUUACAUCAGGUAACAACUGAACUAUAUGCCAUUAAUGCAAAUCCAUCACAUUUAAGUGCUGUACCAUCUCAGACGAGUGUUAUACCACAGUCAGACGUCUCUCAAAUUCUUCAAGAAACAGAAGAAGAGGCUCUAUUGCGGGCAGAAGCGACCCAGUAUCGUGAACGACAUGCCCAGCUACUCGAACAAUAUGAAAAACUUAAUGAAGAAAUGAAAAGAAAGAAGAUCGAUUCAUUUGAAACUCUUGCGGAACACGAUAAGGAUGCGAUGAAAGUUUUUAUCGAAUUAGCUCGAUCGACUGAGCCUAUCCCAUUAGAUGGCACUAACAUUGGUCUGUUUGGUUUAACAUCAACUGGCAAGUCAACUAUGCUUAAUGCUCUUCUUGGUCAAAAGGUCGCUGGUACUGGUGUUGGUGAAACAACAACAAAAAUUAAACCAUACAAUGGAACAAAAUUCGUACUCUGGGAUGUUCCUGGUCGAAAUGAUGAAGUAUCUUAUUUCAGUAUGGAAUAUAUUUCUUUCUUUAAAGGUCUUUCACGACGUUUAAUCUUAAUUCAAGCAACAGUGAGAGAAAAUUCAAGCAUGAUGAAACUCUUGGAUGAAAUUGGAUUACAUUAUGAUAUUGUUUUCAACAAAUUUGACAAAGUUGAACCAGAAGAACAAGAAGCAGUUAAAAAACAGAUUCAAUCUGAAAUAAAAAUAAUUGGCCUCAAAAGAGUGGAUAAAGUAUAUUUUGUGAGUUCCAAAUGUCCGAAUAUGUUUCCUGACUGGAUGGUUAUGAACAAUCAUCUAGAAAAUCUAUCACAUUGA